AACCCGUCGUCACUCGUCACUCCUAAAUCAACAAAAUUUCAAAAUCAAAUUUAGGGCUUAAAUCCAAAAUCGAUUUCGCUUCCUCCUCAAACCUCCCUCUCGCUGCAAAAUUGUAUCCAAAACAACUGAAUUCCGCCGUCGAGAACAGUUAAUGGAUAGUGCAAGAAAGACUGCGUGCCCGGAAAAUGAAGAUGUGGCGGCGUAUUUGAUGAACAAGCGGCACGAAUUGGCGCAGAGUUCCAAGGGGAUUUCCGACAAUAUGGACAUGACGCUUUCAAAGGCCCAUUCAAACAUCUGUAACCACCAAAACCCAAUUAGAAACCUCAAAGACUUGGCGCAGAUUAAGGGCGUGGGUAAGUGGAUUUUGAAGCAGAUGCAGGGUUUUUUUCAUGCGGAUGGUGAUCCUUCUGAGAUUGAAGACUUGACGAAAAAGGGAAAUAAAAAUAAGGGACCAAAGCGUUAUGUGCCACAAAAGAAUUCUGUUGCUUAUGCUCUACUAAUUUCACUUUUCAGGGGAACAGAAAAUGGAAAUGAAUUUAUGCACAAAAAGGAACUCAUCGAUGCUGCUGAAACAAGUGGAUUAUCUCGUGUACCAAUUGCGCCAGAAAAGGCAAAGGAAAAAGCUGGACAUUUUGGGAGCUCGCCGAGGGACUGGUACACUGGAUGGAACUGUAUGAAAACACUGAUAAGUAGAGGCCUUGUUGUGAAGUCCAGUUGCCCAGCUAAGUAUAUGUUGACAGAAGAAGGAAAAGAAGUAGCACAUGAAUGCCUAUUGAGAUCUGGUAUGGUUGGUCCUAAUAAGAAAUUUGAUGGUCUGGAAAGAUGUCCAGAUUUGGUCCAAAGAGACAAAGUGUCUGUUGUUGAUUUGCAUGAAGACUUGCCAGAUGUAGAGUGUGUGAAAAAGAAGGCAAAGAUAUCUGUAGAUAUUCCACCUGAUUAUCUUGAGAAGGGAACAGACAUAUCAUCACUUGAUUUCCUUCAAGAAGAUGAUAUUGAUAGUAUAAGUUUCAUCUCGAAAUCAAGAACGGACGGCCAUUAUGCAUCAUCAUCUUUGUUCCAACUUAGAGAUGGUAGAGCAGGGACAAAUUCAGGUGAUAUGCAAAGACAUGCAAAUGAUGUUCCUAGCAAUAAAAGUUCGUUGCUUCAUACUUUUGGACGGAGUUCUUGUACUUUGAAACCGUGCUCAUCCAAUAAUGUUCAGGAAAAUGUUACUAGCCAGCCUGGCUUCCAAGGAUCAGAAGCUAAUCCCAUUGCUUUGGCAACACCGCCUUUGGCAUUUGGAGAGAAGUUUGGGGAUGUUUAUGAAGUAGUUCUGCUAUUAGACAACCGGGAGCAAUUUGCUAUGCAAGGAUCACGUUCAAGAAAAAUUAUUGAGAACAUAUGCUCUCUGUUUCAAAUUCAGAUAGAGGUUAGAAGGCUGCCUGUGGGUGAUGGAAUUUGGAUAGCUCGUCAUAAGUAUCUUGGAAGUGAAUUCGUACUUGAUUUUAUUGUUGAGAGGAAGAAGGUUGAUGAUUUGCGUCAGUCAAUAAGGGACAAUAGGUAUCGAGAUCAGAAAAUGCGGCUUGUGCGAUGUGGGCUUAAGAAGAUGAUAUAUCUGGUGGAAGGUGAUCCAAAUUCCUCAGAGGCAGCUGAAAGCAUCAAAACGGCUUGCUUCACGACUGAGAUCUUGGAGGGUUUUGAUGUGCAACGAACUAAUGGACUAGCUGAUACAUUGAAAAAGUAUGGUAAUCUUACUCAAUCAAUCAACCAAUACUACAGAUCUCUAGAUACCAUGCAACAGUGCAUUGGUGGAUGCCCUCCUUUUGAUGAAUUUAUCAAAAGGUGUGAAGACUUGGGUAAAAUGACAGUUAGUGAUGUAUUUGGUAUCCAGCUCAUGCAGGUAUGGCUCAUAUUCCAGAUGCUCAAUCGACAUAAUUGUUCACUAUUCCCAGCAUGUCUACAUGUUUCCCAGGUAACAGAGGAAAUAGCUCUUGCUGUUUUAGAUAUGUACCCAACAUUGUUGUCCCUUGCUUCUGCGUAUUCUCUUCUGUCUCUCCAUUAUGCAGUUACUGGAAGAACUGUUUAUUGAGAUCUAGUGUUUUAGGAAAGAACGUGUAACUAUUGUCGAUUAGCGUGAAGUAAUUUCACUGUAAUUAAUCCUGGAUGACAACCUUAUGUUUUAUGUGUCAACCUUAUUGGCUUAUUCACAAAUCAUAAGUUUUGGGAGAAUCCGGGAACAAAUAAUUUGAUGUUAGCGCAAGGUUAGUUUAUAGGAGUAUAACACAAGUAGUUGAGAUGUAAAUCUCUCAACGUAGCUCUAUCCUCCCUAGACAGAAAGGAGAAACAACAUAGAAUUCUGUAUUCAGGUGGCAUUGAAAAGAGUAGAGCAUCAUCAUAUUAUUGAACUGCAGAUGAUGUACAUUACUGAUGCUGUGGUCAAAUUAUGUUUUGGUUAGCAGAAGAGUUUUGAUAUUCUGAAAUUCAAAUGCCUUAAAGUAAGAUCCAAACCCUUCAUUCGCCCCACACUUCAUCUGUCAGGUUUUGCAUAAGAUGAUAAAUUCAUGUCAACUUCAGAAUCCCUAUUGAUUGGGAAUCUGGUUUCACUUCAUUGCUUUCAACAGUCGGCUUCUUAUUGCGUUCUUUCCUAGUAUAAAUAAAUGUUAUCCAAUUAUCGAGAGAUAAGUGAGGGAGAUUGCAUAACGAAUUUAAUAGGAAUGUGUAUGGGUUAACUUUAGUAACUCAAAUUAGAAGUUGAGGGAAUGUUAAUGAAUAUCCAAUGUUAUUACUGUGAUUUAUACAUUGAGUUUGGCUCAA